AUGGGAUCGAAGGCUAUUGUAACGUGGUAAGUGGGGUGCUUUCCCACUGCGACUUGCUGAAUCAGCUCCCUCAUGGAAGGCCUGAAGUACAUGAAGUGGGAGGUAAAGGAAACCAAAUGCUGGCAAUCCUCAAUGUGUGUCAAAGCACAUUGUUGCAACACACAUCAUUUUUAAAGACUGGAAGCAGUUUGUUUUUUUAAUUAAAAAAAAGGUUUUUCCACCCUCGUAGGAACAUAGGAAAUUGUCUUAUGCCAAGUUAGACCAUUAGUUCAUCUAAUUCAGGGUUUCCCAAACGUGGGUCUUCAGCUCUCUUUGGACUACAACUCCCAUCAUCCCUAGUUAGCGGGACCAAUGGUCAGGGAUGAUGGGAACUGUAGUCCAGAAACAGCUGGAGACCCAAGUUUGGGAAACCCUGAUCUAGUUCAAUAUUGUUGGUGCUGAGUGGUAGUGGCUCUCCAGGGUUUCAGACAGAGGCGUUCCUACUCCUAUGCAGCGAUGCCAGGGAUUGAACCUGGAACCCCUGAGUUUUGGCUCUUCCCCGUCUUCGUAACUAUGCCUAGAUUCAGUAAGUCAAUAUUGUCCAUUAUUUUCCCCAAGCUGCCCCUUUUCAGUCCUUCAGGGAGCUCACCUAACCUUGUCUCCUGUUCCAAGUGUUUUUUCAAAUUCCAAGUUGAAAUCAUACAGUGAUAUGGAUUCUGACAGGACAGUAUACCACUGACACCACCAUCUAUUUAUCCUUAACAUUGGGGGCGGUGGUGGUGGUGGUGUGUCAUUUCACCCUCAAGGACUGCAUGCCACGGUUGGCAAACCUGGUCUACAGCUUCCAUCUCCCGAACCAAUGGUCAUGCUGGCCAGGGAUGGUGAGAAGUGGAGUCCAACAAUAUCGCCAUGUUGGCUACCCCUGGUGUAAGGAGCAGUUCUGUGAACUGACUGAGAAUGAAUCCAAACAAGACUGAAUAUAUCAGGUGGAUCAGUGACUUGGAGGUAUAGAUAGACACCUGCCAUUGGUUCUUCCUGGUCACUGAGUCAUGCAGCCUUGAAGUGAUCCUAGAGACCCGGAUUAAGAUGCUGCUCCAAGUGUCUCCACCAAGUAGCCUGAGGCCUUUUCAGAGGCAGGAGGACACACCCAGACCAUGGAACAGUCUCUCGCACAGGCUCAGCUGGCGUCUUCUUUAUGAUCUUUCCUUUGCCAGUUAAAGACCUUUUUAUUCACCCUUUUCAAAAAAUCAUGGUAUUGUAGAGUUAGAAGGGACCCCACGGGGUCAUCUAGUCCAACUCCCUGCGAUGCAGGAAUCCUGCCCAUAGCUGUCCCUGGGUAGGCUUGAACCACCAACCUUCUGGUUAACAGCCAGCCACACUGACCCGAUAAAUAACUUGUGAUCUAGUUAUCUAGUCUAUCAAUGCCUGGUCUAUAUUAUGUUGUAUAGCUAUACCCUCUUUUUUUCAUUUGCUAGUUUUAAAAUUCACACACACGCACACACACAUACACUACAACAGGCACAUCCAAUUUCCAUGAGACUGCGAUCUACUCCAACUAUAAAAAAAACUGGCAGUGAUCUACCCAUCAAAGUUGUUGAGUUUUGGGGGGGAGCAUCAGCCGAAGUUGUUGAGUUUUUUUAAUGGGGGGCGAUUGGGGUCCUGCAAUUAACCAGGAUCAACCAGGGACACCCCACAAUCAGCCAGUAGAUCACAAUCGACCUGUUGGACACCCCUGUUCUAGAAAAUGUAUGUCGUUGAGUACCUUAUACAAAAGCAACAAACAAAUAAAUGGCAAAUCACACUGCAGAAGUAUCAUAUCAGGAUGGGGAAGGGCUGAAUUACGGGCCUGGUUUGGGUGUGAUUGCUGCACUAGCUCCAAGCUAGGACAUUGACUUGCCUCUCUACUGUCUGUCCUGGACAGUGUGAGUGGCAGGGCUGUCAAUACAGUGGUAGCCUGGCAUUUCACUAAGUCCAAUCAGACAGUGCCUGGGGAUUGGAUUGUGCCCUAGAUAGCUAUAUGGGUGUGUUUGUGUGUGCGCUUAUUUUAAACAUUUAAUAUUGAUAUCCAACCAGGUAUUAAAUUCUAGUAAGUCUGUGCAAUGCCUUCCUCACAGGUCUUAAUGCUACAUACAAAACAAUCUCAGCUGAUUUCCCCCUACAGCAGCAGCAGCCUGAUAUCUUACUGGACGUCCCAGUCAGUGCAGCCAAGGGGGACAGGGUUGUUGGCAGUUGUAGUCUAGCAACAGCUGGAGGGCACCAGGUUGGGGGAGGCUGCCCUACAGCAGUCCCUCUUCCCUCGCUUUCAAGCAGCUGCUCAGGACUCUUAGUUAGAGGCCAAUUACUCUGCACAACACUAACGCCAAGAAAGUGGGCAUUGUACAUAAGGAACAAAGUGCCUACUCAGUCUUCGAAACAAACUUCACUUUAUCUGCACAUCAUUAGAAACUAAGAGUGCUUGAGUUCUUCCCCCUGGAGAGCACAUGCCCAUGUUUGGAAUGCCUUAUGGAUGGAAUACUUGAAGUGAAAGGGUGUGUGUGUGUGUGUGUGUGUGUGUGUGUAGGGAAAGGAGGAGGAGAGAGGCAGCUUCUUAUUCAAAUAGAUCUCAGAUAGUAGUGCUGAUAAACUUUUGGGGGAGUUUUUGGAUUCAUUAAUCUUGCAUUUUUAUGUUGUGAACCGCUCUGAGAUCUACGGAUGAAGGGCAGUAUACAAAUUUAAUAAAUAUGAAUAGUAGUAAUAAUAAUAAUAAUAAUUCAGAUCAGAACCUGCUUCUACCCUGAUGAACACAUGAUUCAAAUGCACACCCUAAGAAAACUCUGAUUUGUAUAAUAAUUCACUAAAAGCAACACUGAGGUUGCUGGAUUUUCCACGGCACUUGGGUGUCUCCUCAUUUGUCUCUCUAGCAAUUUACUUAAACCAAAGAUCCUAACAAAUUGUGAACUGAAAUGUAUAAUCAGAGAGGACAUAAGAAAAUAUUACCGAGGACUCCCAUUGACCAAAAAAAUGGUUAGGUUUCCAAGGUAAGGGGGGGAGGCAAAAUCCAAAAACACCUGCUUUCCUAGUGUCACUCAUUGCAUUGGGGCAUACCCCAUGAGUAUAUAUCCCUGAGUAUAUGUCAUUCAACUCUGCUGGUGCUUACUUAUAAGUAAGUUCAGUGAAACUUACUCCCACCCACAUGAGCAUGCAUAGCACUGCAGUCUUCCAGACUAUUGCACAACAUCAUAAAAUUGCUGAGCUGGAACAAAUGUGAAGGCCACCAUAUCAUUUGUUCAGCAUGAUUCUCCAUUUCUGGCUUCUCCUACAUGAUUUGCUGGUACUGUAUUAUCCGUCAUGUUCUGGAUGGCAACAAAAAGCAUGGGAAUCGCCAAGAUUUUUGUUAGGGGUUUUUGUGGUUUUUUGGAAAUCCAGUUUUGACCUUUGUUGAGCUUUUUUUUUUUUUUUUUAGGAAAUCAAGGUUGCUGAGCUUUUCUUAGGAAAACACGGAUAAAAAAUACCCCAUAAAUAGGACAUUGCACGGGACAGGCUUCUGCAGGGGGUGGGGGGCAACCUCAGAUAAUUGAGUACUUUCAAUGCUUUUGAAUAAUAUUUGUGAAUCCUGCUGCCCCCCCCCCCCCCCCGGCUACACCCAUGGGUACAGGAGAUGGGGAGGAAAGGGGGAGGAAAUGAAGCGACAGGAAGCCUUUCAUGUGAACAACUCCAAAUCCUUACCUAGUUUGGAGUGAGGCAUGACUUAUUUUUAUUUUUGGACUGCUCUUUUUUGCAAGCAUGGUAGAUCACAAAAGGUGUAUGUGCACAUGUAAACAAAUACCCAUGGAUCUCAGGUUUCCUGGGCUUGGAGCAACACCCACACACAGAGCUGAUGUUUUGCGCAAAUCUGCUAGAUUGAGAAACUUGUAUUAAAAAAAACAAAGAAAGGUUUGUGCUUACAGGUAAACAGAUACCAGUGUGGAUGCCCAUAAUGACCUCAGGGAAGGCCAGCCCACCCAUGAAGUGGUGUGAAUUAGAAGCCCCCAAGUCAGCACCCUCAUAGGCACCUCCUGCCAAGCCCCCACCUCUGCCAGAGAAGCGGUGCCAGUAUAGGUGCUGAUUUCCUGCAAAGUCUUGCAAGAUGUCAAGGAGAGCAAAUGAUCUCAUGAGAUUUGGGUGAGAUAUUGAAAGCUCUUUUGCGGAAUCGGCACCCAUGCCAGCACUGCUUCUCAACAAGCGGCGGAGGUGACUCAGCUAGUGGUACAGCUGCAGUGCCACCGACAGGUGGCGCAGUGGUGGUGAGCGUCCCACGGGUGGUGGUGCAGCAGAACUGGGUGGCACUUCUUGUAUUGCCUCAAAAUGGGACGUACCUCAGGAUUCCAGAACUUACAGCUGUCAGCCCAAGUGGGGCUUGCUAGUUCGGGGAGGAGGUAUGUGAUUCCUCAGCUAGAGUAGGCUCAGGACAGGUGAGGCUCACAUGCCUCAUCAAGCUCAGAAGGUAUAAAAUGAAAGUCGUUCUGGCCAGGCCUGCGAUUUGGACUGGAGCCACAAUGUGGAAAGAAAGGAUGAGUUUGCCCUUAUGGGAUCUCCAAUGUGGUGUGCCCAGCCCCUACUCACAGUAGUCCUAUGUUGUGAAAUGUGGUGUUUGGGGGUGGGGUUGAUUGGGAUACUGCCUGUUUGUUGGUGAUGGGUUUUUUAAAUAUAUAUACCUGUGGUCAGUGCUAUUUUUCUAGAAAAAGAUGUGCCGGAAAUCAACACAAACAUCUUCCUUGUUCUCUUAGAAUGGCAUUGGUGCCCACCUGAGAGGUGCCGGAACUGCAGUUCUGUGAGUUCCAGCUGAAAAAAAGCCUUGCCCAUGGUGAUAUUUUGCUGGAUGCUGUCUCCCUCCAUGCCCUCUACUUCCAUUUUGUUUGCAUCCUUCCGCCCAAAGUAAAGGCUGCAAUCUGCCUUUUCCCACAACCAGGUGCUGAAGGGACAAUUUAUGGUAUUUCUAUUUUUACAAUUAACACAGCUCUUUUAGACAGAAAUGCAUUUGCGCAAAAGAGUAGUAUUAAAAAUAAAAAGUUCCCCUUGCCUACAAGCUGGACAGAAAACACAUUUAGCAAAACAAACCUCCCUUGUAAAAGAUGUGUGUAAAAGAUGCAGGUAGGGACAGAUGAACCAAACCAGAUUUCAUCUUCUGAAGUUAAGUGAACAAGCUAGCUAUCUAAAAGGACUUUUCAGUGUCAGACCUUAAAUUGGUCACAAAUGGACUGAACAGUGGGCUGGGACCCGGGUUCAGAUCCUAGCUUUGGAAGCGUUGGCUAUCUUCUGUCCAUCUUCCUCAGCAGCGAAGAAAUAAGCCUCCUUCAAUAAGUUGUUCCUAGGAUAAAUAAACGUGAUGCAGUCAGCAGAGUGGAAUUAACAAAUUCCGAAUUAACACCCUCCAAACUUGAUGGCUUUUAAACAGAAUCUGCAAGUUCCAUUAUCAAAUCCAGAGGAUACAUGAUGUUCCAUGGCAGGAUAGAUCUGUGAUUUUCACGUGGCAGUAGGCAUGGCCUGCAUUUUGAUGGUUCUUUGGAGGAGGGGGAGAAUGAGGAUCACUGUAAAUGUGACUUUCCCCUCUUCUCUCCUGUUUGACUGAAGGCAUCUCCUGUAACUAAACUUACAGGUGUUAAGGAGGAGUACCCAAGGAACACACAUCUGCCCCACCUCCACCAAGGACAUAAUCAGCCAGUCUUCGGGGAUGAUGGCACUUUGGAUUGGAGGAGAAACCCUUGUGCGAUCGAAAUGCAAAGCGGGGAAAGUCCCUAAAGGCUAAUCAUCUCCCAUUCUUACAACCAGGUGAGCUAAACUGAUGUUGCAAAUCUAUUCAGUGAAGCCAUUUAUUGUAUGGCACGGAAAAAUCAGAGCCCGUGGUUCCAUCACCUUUAGCACUGAGUCCCAGGACACCUUGUCCGCUCUCCUUUUGCUUCGGUCUUUGAACGACAGCUGUCAACGGAAUGAUUGACAUCGUUCCGGACUUUUCACCCAGCCUUCCGACCACGGAGAUGUCAAGCCGGCCACUCCCUCGCGGCGGACUAAUCCUUUGCUCACCCUAAAUAGGCCCUGCGUGCUGGCGAUGUUCCCUGCCGGAGGAUAAAGAUAGAGAGGCGCUGCCCCUUUAAAUAGUAAAGGGUGUUCUCUCUCAGGCCACCAUGACAUAUCUGGGCGUUGAAACGGGGGCUGAAUAAACGGGGCGAGCACGAGACCUGCGGAUGCAGUAAAGGGUUUGCAACCAGCGAGGGCUCACUCGGCGCGCACAGGAGUUUAGAGGCAGAUCUGCUUCUGUCCGAGAUCCAGCAACUGGAGUUUAAUCCCACCUGGCUCUCGCUUUCUAGGGAAUACUGCUUGGGGAAAAGAGCAAGCUCUUUGGCCUUGGUAAGUAGUUUAUUAUUUUUAUUAUUUAUUUAUUAAUUAAUAAACGCUCAGAUCUAGCAGACAUUAGUAUUGGGACAGCCUUUCCUCUUACAGGCUUCGGGGUGCCAAAGAUUCACGAGGAGCACAACUUCGAGAAACGCGGUGGCUGUUCUCUUAAUUCGGAUUGCCACCGAUACAACACUCUAGAACUGAUGAUAGAUUUCCACUGCUUCGGUUACUAUGGGCGGGAGGUGGUGGUGGUGGUGGUAGGAAGACAGGUGGCAGAGGUCUGUCAGGUGUAAAAUCCUAGCAAUGCAAUCAAUUUAAAGAGUGAGGUAUGCUACCCCCACCGUCGGAUUCCUCUCUGGGUGUCAGGUGAGCAGUACACAAAUGCAGAGAAAUGAAAUCGAGAGAGGAACGGAUGUGAUCGGCUUGAGAGAGCGCGCGCAACAUAGGCAACAACAGGUUUUGGGGUGAGGGUGGCCGGGACAAACCUGAGCCUUCUGGCCCAGGAGCGAUCGGAUGCAGCUUGCUCUUGCACGCAUCAGCUGGGGGGGGGGGGCACAGAGCGGUUAAAAAACCCACCGGGAACACGCCAGAAAUCGAAUCAAGAGCAGCUAUAAGGAGAGUGUAGGGUAGCGGUCUCUUCUCGGGGUUACCGAUGGAACGCAUUGCGCGUGUGUUGUGUGCCACGCACCGCAUCCUACCCCAGUGAGACGAGCCCAGUGUGGAAAAGGAGGCGCUUAAUGGACUUUGGCGUGGAUGGACUGUGUUGAAUCCGUUGUGUCUAGCUGAGCUCCCUAGGCACGUCAGGCCGUCGGCCUCUUCUUCCUCUGGAUCCCCGGAGCCCACCAGCGGCUCCAUCGUAGCUGCGCCUACCUGGCCAUCGCGCCCCCGUCCUGCGCCCCUCUCUUCGAGGGAUUUGCAUCCGCAGCCAUCCGAGGACGACCGGACGCGAAGAUCUCCGCCGCCUCUUGACCCGCCUUGCGUUUCAGCAAGGAACAUCGCUUUCCCAGGACCGGAGAGGGGAGAGUGCUUGUACCGCGGGACCACGAUCUUUCCCAUGCCCUCCGCCAUAGCAGCCAACUCGUAGGGGCUGAAGUUCCUUUGCCCCCCCCCCUCCAUAAAAUAUUUGAGUUGGUGGGCAUUGCUAUUCCGAUGGUGUCGGUGCCCCUCAUUUUGUAUUCAAUUAUCUGGGGCGGGGCUUACCUGGGCCCCCCAAUAUUUUAUUCAAGUUGGCACACCUGCCUUCCGCUUUUCCACUGGGGAUGAGAAAGAAAGAAGGAAGGAAGGAAGGAAAGAAAAGCCCAGAAGAGGAACCGUAGCUAUCCGGGCUUGGAUUUCUGGGGCCCACGAUCCAAGGCGGCCGCUCCGUUGGCAAAGCGAUAGUCCGCGCGCUCUCCCUUUUCCUUUCCCGUCGGGGAAAGUAUUUAUAGACACCCGCCCGUUUCCCCUGCCCGUCGGUUUACGCCGGCGCCCUGGACCCGCCCUACUUGGCGCCCGGCCACCAUUGGGCGUUGUUCUUGGGGUCCCGCCCAUUCGCGGGCUCACUCGAUCUUCGGACGGGGAGGCACGCGGGCGCCCGCACUCGGCGCGCAGUCUUCGUCGGAGAGAGCGAGUGGCCAGGUCGCCUGCCAGAGGGAGCGCGAGCUUUUAUUUUAAUUUUUUGAAGACCAGUAAGUAACCCGCCUGUCUUCCCAGCGCAUUCUUUUACAGAUAGAUAUUUGGGGUGGAGGGGAGCAAGAGAUUUUUCCACUGAAGCGCCCCCUGGGACCUCUCUUCGCAACCGGCCCCAUGGCCCCUCUACGGUCCGUGCGCGCACUCUAGAUUUGGAUUAUAACGUCAGCAGCAGCCCCACCCAGCCUUCGACCCCUGGAUGCGGGAACCUACUUGACCCAGCUCCCCAGAAAGUUUAUCGGGGGGCUCGCUGCGUGUUGAUGCCUGUUGCAUUGAACCCCACUUUGUAGCACUAUUGUGUCUAGCGGUGAGAGCGGGGUGGAGAGCUCUCCCCAAGGCUUCGCGCCGCUGAGAAAGUCCGCUACUCCAGGCUGGGGCUGAUAUAAUUAGAAACGGGUUGAAACAUUUUAGCACGUAGAUCUUUCCCCCUCCUCUCCUCCCCCCGCCGGCCCUGGAAGAAUUCCGCUCCUCAUAACAGUCGCUUGGCAGAUUUUGAAGUGUGCGUAAAGGGGAACGCGAGAGAGUGCAUGGCGCUCUUCUGUGAAAGAAAACUUGCCUAGAGAGAUUUCAUCUGUAUUUGAUUAUAAAGAUCCCCCCCAAAAACUUUUUACAACAGUAUUUCGAAUAAUUGAUCGCCUGGUCCCUCCGAAUCCGCAGGACUUCAUCGUUGUGCCUGCUCCCCAAAUUCCAUCUCUCCCACAAUUGGCCGCCUAGGAAUCUCGCCCCCCCACCCCAAAAAAGAGGGAAACCCAUGGUUUUUUUGUGUGAAUUUCAUGCAAUAUCUGUAUUUUUGUACAGUUUCCACAUUCUAUUUGGAAGCUGUGGGGGAGAUAGCUGGCGGGCUGAGUUUGUGGGGCUUGUGGUUUAAUGGGCUCCAAAUGCUGAUUAUUCAAGGGAGAAUGGUGGCUUUGUGGCAUAACGGUUUCCAUUUCCCGCCUCCUGAGCCAGUGGAGGUCUAGUCCAAGUGGGGUGGCUGUUUUCCUGCUUUAUUUUAGACUCUUUUCUUUUCUGCUUUGGAGCUCUUUCUCAAGCACUCAUUUAGAAAACAGAUACUUGUUAUAUGAAUAUAUCACCUCAUCAUCUGCUGGCUGUUUGGGAGCAGAGUGCACACCCUCCCCCUGCAAUAAAAUGGAAACUUUGAGGAAUGUGAUGUCGUUUGAGUUUUUCCAUAUGCCAAUAGUCGCCAUAAGUUUUCCAAAUCUUGGGGGUGGGGGCAGGGAGGGGAAGGAAUCCAGCCCUGAAAAGGGAAAUAAUCUAAAAGAUGUGAUAUUUUAGGGAGAGGUUGGAGGGGAGUUUCAGAUCAUUUAUUCUGACCCCUUCAGCUCUGUUUGCCUUUUGAUGGGUAUGUUCACUGCACCAGGCUCUGGGGCUGGUUUAUUUCAAAUCUCACCCUUUACUUUCCAAACCUGCCAAAUUGGUUGGAUUUCUUCAGACAUGCAAGAUUAAUUACUCCCUGCCCUGCCACUAUUGGCUAGAUCUCCUAGUCAAGAAGUUUGAAAACUUCCCAUCUGCCUCCACCUUCAGUGCACAUUCUCUGCCCCCUCUUACACACACACACACACACACACACACACACACACACAUAUAUACAUACACACAUACAUAUAUAUGAUGUAUAUUAUUUUUUCAUGCAUUUAUUUAGCUUCGUCAAACCAUAUGGUGUAUAUUUUCUGUCUCAGAGGCACCCUCUGCUGUUCGUGUCUCAAAAUUAGACUUGCCUCAUCAUCCCAGUAUUAUGUAGAAGGCUGUUCACUGGUAACCUUUCUCCCUUUACUUAAAAGUGUGUGUGUGUUUUAUAUUUCCCUUCCAGAUCUAUCCAACACUUGCCAAAAUGCUCCUUUUGUUGUUGGGAAUCAUUGUGCUCCAUGUUUCAGUGCUUGUCCUUCUCUUCGUCUCAACAAUUGUCAGUGUAAGUACAAACACUCCUCAUUUGUUUUCCAAUUCCCUUCCAAGCUGCUAAAGGGCAGGAGGGUGAACCAGAGCUUUUGAACUCUGGUCCUAACACGCUCUGCCUGUAGAUGCGAUUCCAUUGGAAUCUGUAGAAGUUUACUUUGCAUUUAAAACUGCACUUUCUCCAUUGAACUCAGUGAAAGGCCUGAGCAAACAUGUUAGGCUUAGGCUGUUUUUGUUUGCAACCCCAAUGCUUCUUUAUGGAACUGAUCACGAUGGAGAUCCAAUAGCUUCUCAUGAAAAAGGAAGCUGUUGCCGCCAAAAUGGCUCCCAAAUGACUUCAUUGUUUGCGUCGCAAGAAUAGCUGAAGAACCGUUUGUUUUUUUGGAGAUCAGGUUUCUGGAGCGUGUGAGCAUCUUGAAGCAUAUGAAACCUUUAUAAAUAAUGUUAGUCUUUGCUAGUUAAAAAGAAAAGCCAAACUAGGAGAGUCACAAAGCUUUCUUAAAUCUGAGCCAGGACUCUGUCCCAGAACUGGUUUUAAGUUCUAGAGAAGAGAGAGAGCCUGAAAAUCUACAGAGCACAUUUCCCUCUCCACUAGGUGACUUGCCUAUACAGUCAGCCACUACAUAUUCAGCAUUCAGGAGAAAGAAUUACUAUGCUGCUGGAUGCAUUCACAUUUCCAUAUCUAUCUGUUAGCUAAUCUGUUACCUUAGGUGGAGGUGUGUCAAUGAAUUCCUGAUUGUAAUCAAUUGUGUGAGCAGCUUGUUUCAUUUGCAUGCUUUUCAGUAAGGUCUUACAAAAAAAGAAAAAGAAAAGAAAAAACAGCCAAUGGAUGUGUUGGGAGUGGGAGGUGAGGCUUGGGGAACUGGAUUUCCCUUUCCCUGUCGAUUUGGCAAAAGCUUAAAGAGAGAGGUAUUUUCUUUUUCGUUGAACUCUCUCUCCUUUUGCAAUGGAUGCAAAGAAUGAAAGUACAAAGCACUUUUUCUUUAUUUCAGUCAAUUUAAAUAGGAUUGUGUUUGUUUUUGUGUGUGCCCCCCCCCCGAAAUAAGCUUUUAGUUAUGCACAAAAGUUUUUUGUUUUUUUUUAAAGAAAGCUUAAAGUGCCUCUUUACUGCUCAGGGAUUCAGUUCAGUCCUUAAGCAAGAACAGACAUGUAGAUGAACUUGCACCAGGAAAUGGAUCACUUUUAGUACAUGGUUUCUCUCAGUGCUUAGUUUGUAUGUGGCCCUGCUCCUUUUAAACUUCCCCUCCUCUCACUGUGUUCUGUCCUUCUCUUUCAGCAAUGGCUCAUUUGGGAUGGGCACACAUCAGCCCUUUGGCAGAACUGCACCCUCCAGGGGUCCCUGAGUUCGUUUCAGUGCGCCAAAACGUCCGCAGAUGGUAAGGAUUCUGUCACCUUUUCUUCACUUUGCCUCCUAUGAUACCUUUUUAGAAAUAGAUUGGACAAUGAGCUAGUCCUCAGGGCCUGCUCUGAGUGCAGUUUGGGUGAAAUCCUGCACCCCAGUCCCGUGUGUGUGUGUGUGUGUGUGUGUGUGUGUGUGUGUUGCAGUGUUCUCCUCCAUGUUGCUCAAGGGAUGGCCAUCUGCCAUGGAUGCUUUUGCUGAGAUGGAUGACCCAUGGGAUCUCUUCCAGCUCUAUGAUUCUAAGGACCUACAUCUUCUGACUUCUUGCCAAACCUUUCAGAAAACCUAGAGUCCGAUCUGUAACGUUGUUUUAAAAGAGAAAGAAAGAAUUGGCCCACCAUUCUUAAGAUCAUGUGAACUUACAGGAAUGUGUGAAACUGCCUUAUACUGAGUCUGUCCAUUGGUCCACCUGGCUUGGUAUUGUCUACCCUUGGAGCACAUCUUCAGGGCUUCAUGGAUUCUGCUCUACCUGGAGAUGCCAGGGAUUGAACCCGAGAUCUUUUAAAUGCAAAUUAUGUGGUCAACCACUGAGCUAUGGCUCUUCCCCUUCUGUUGCCUGGCUUUCUGAUAGAGAAGAAAAUAUUAUUAGCCAUGAAUAGUUAAUACAGAGAUGGCUGCUUAAAGCAUAAUCUUGUGUAUGAUGUACUCUGGCUACCUACCCACCCACUUCUGCCUACUCACCCGCUCACUACUUGACAUAAGCUUAUGUCAACAUAUAAAAUCUAGCCUCACUUGCUGUGUUUUGAGUCUUGGUUGUGAAUAAAACCUGUAUAGGUGUCACACUCUUAGUGGCAUAAUGGACAGCUCUGUGGGUCGGACUAUUCUACAGGCUGGAUCACAGUUGUGUUUUAAAGAUAAGCUAGAAAGAACCAAAUAUAUUUGGCACAUUAAGGCUGCAGUCCUGUGCACACUUACCUUUGAGGAAGCCCUAUUGUACACAGUAGGUCUUAACUGGUCAGUGAACAUGCAUUGGAUUAAGCUGUAGAAGCUGUUAAUAGCAGGUAAAACGAGGAUUCAUGUUCAAGAAAGUCCCAGUAGAAAUGUAAGUCGGCAACUUUCCUAACUUGCCACAGAGUUGCUGCUGGUUUUUGUUUCAUCUCUAAGUAUCCAAACAUUUCUGCUUACUUUUUUGCUUGCAGUUGAUUUGUAUUUGUUACUAUCACUGCAUACAGCUUGUUCACACAUCUCACGUUGGCUUGUAGCAAAAUACUUCCAUGGCUUAAUGGCUAGAGGUAUCUUGUUUCCACAACUCAGGAGUUGGAUAAUUCAGAAGUUGGUGAAUCAUAAAUCUUCUGCACUCAAGACAAUUUACACCACUGACAUUAUUAUUAACCAAUUAGAUGUGAAUGCUAUGGAGAAAGGGUUAUUGUAAGGCAACCAUGAUUCUUUUGCAGCAUUUUAUUCUUCCUACAAAAAGGAAUCCUUUGCUAAGAGGCCAGUAACUAGUUAAGGCAGGAGCCUGGGAACAUGCAUAAAUCUCAAGUUUUCUCAAUGGACAGAUGGGUGCAACAGAUAUAUUGACACCAUAGCUAUUAUACUUGUUUCAUGAAUUGUCUGGAACUAGAGGCAAACAAGGAAGUAGUCAGGACCACUGAUGAUCUUCUCAAAUUUAUAACAGCAAAAUACCAUGCAGGUAGCAAAGACUCUUUUGAAUCCAAUUGACAGGAUGAAAAGAUGGCAGCUUAGAUUUUGGAGCAAGUUUGUAUCACUGUUUUCUUCACUCUAUAUAAUUUUUUUUUUGAAAAAACAAGUAAAUUAUGGAGCUAGAGAGGGUACAACAAAAACCUCCACAAUUAAAAUGAUGAGGGGAUAGACUAUCUUUUCAUCUGAAUAAAUGUUUAAGAAUUUGAGGGUGGGGCAUGGCGUCCAAAAGAUGGUCACCAACUUGGAUGGCUUUAAAAAAGGAUUGGACCAGUUAAUGGAGGAUAAAACUAAUAAUGGCUGCAGUCAAUUGUUUUGAAUACGAGUAUGAAUAUUCCUCUGAAUACCAGUUGCCGGGGCUCAUGAGCAGGAAAGUUCUGUUUUGCUCCUGCCCUACUUGUGAGCUUCCCUACUUGUGAGUAGUCAGGCCCACUGAUGAUCUACAGAAUGCUCAACAGUGGAGACUGGUCUAUCAAGUGAGGUGUUACCCCAUCAACUUUCACCUCCCUUCAGCCAGCUCCCUCCUCUUUGCCUUCUUUCUUACAUCCAGCCCAGAGGAUGGUAUUGGCUAUCAGUUUCCUCUUCCUUAGUUUCAAUGUUGCCAUUGUAGAACACAGUGGGGAGGAGGAUGGGGGCAGAACUAGUCGGCGCUGCCUCUCAUUGGCUCUGGCUCCACCUACUGUUGGACUCCCUGCCUUCCGCCCCACCAGUCCCAAUGGGCACCAGCCACCACAGAUGCUGGACUAGGAAUCCUUUAGUCCCAUGGUGGCUAAACUUGGCCCUCCAGCUGUUUUGGGACUACAACUCCCAUCAUCCCUGGCUAACAGGACCAGUGGAAAUGUAGUCCCAAAACAGCUGAAGGGCCACCACUGCUUUAGUCUAAUCCAACAGGGCUCUUCUCCCUUAAGGAAGGCGUGGAGGGAGUGUAACUUGCUUUCUAUUAAAUGAAUUAACUGACUAUUGAACUUUGAUUCACAACCUUCUGAAUAUCUGGGGAGUCCUCUGAGUAUGUAGAAGCCACUUCCUUACAUUUGUUGCACCCCCUAAGCGAUAGGCAGUGGCCCACAACCACCUGCAUUUGCUAUUAUGUUAGACAUGGUAGCUAAAAAUGGAACCUCUGAGUUCACUGGAGGAAUAUUAAGUGCUUGGAACAAUCGGUGGGGGAGAGCUCUCCCAUUGGGAUCAUAAUCAUGCCUUGCUUAUAAGGCCUCUAAAAGCUUUUGUUGGCCACUGGAGUAGAUGAAUGUUUGGUAUGAUACAGCAAGACUAUCCUUACGUACUUGUAGAUUUGCAGCUGCACUGUGUUGGGAGCAAAGCAUCUCCUCCCAUUCUCCAGAGUUAAAAUCUUAAACCUAGAUGAUGUAAGCAGAAGCUGAAUUUUGUCCAUGGAAGAAGGUGGAGAGGGAGAAACCGUUUUGGAGUUAUGACCCAAACUGAGCCCCUUUCCAUUUCAGUUUGUAAAUAAUCACUCUCCUAAGAUUGUUCUUCUACCCAGCUCAAGUCCUGGAAUUUCUUAGCAGCUGUGGGAGCUGCUGUAGGCUGCAGUCCUAUACACCCUAAUCUGAGAAGACAUGUAUAGGAUUGGGCUGUUUGACACUGGGCCUUAGUUGCUGAUAGUGUUUCAAAAUUGCAGUGACCUCUCCAGUUUGUUCUUAGGGUGUGGCAAAGAUUGCGUUUCCUAAGAUAUUGUGCAUCUGCUAUCAACCACCAUUCUACUUGUGGUUUGCUUCUGUUCUGUGGAUGCCCUAAGGAAAUGGCACCAAGUGGCAAAUCCAUAUCAUAGUUGUUGUUGCCUCCUACAUCACAUUGUCUCCUAAGGUCAUGUGGCUUUGAGGGCACUUAGUGAUUACAGAUGUUCCUUAUUCCAUCAUAGUUACUGAAGAGCAGAUUUCCUCCAGUCAUAACUUGGCCACUUUGAGUACAGUGGUGCCUCGCAAGACGAAAUUAAUCCGUUCCGCGAGAGUCUUCGUCUAGCGGUUUUUUCGUCUUGCGAAGCAACCCUAUUAGCGGCUUAACGGAUUAGCGCUAUUAGCGGUUUAGCGGCUAUUAAAGGCUUAAAGGCUUAGCGGAUUAGCUGCUAAAAGGCUAUUAAAGGCUAUUAAAGGCUUAGCAGAUUAGAUAAAGGGGGGGGGGAAAUCUCUAGACUCGCAAGACAUUUUCGUCUUGCGAAGCAAGCCCAUAGGGAAAUUCGUCCUGCGAAGCAACUCAAAAACGGAAAACCCUUUCGUCUAGCGGGUUUUCCGUCUUGCGAGGCAUUCGUCUUGCGGGGCACCACUGUAUCUUCUCAAUGAGACACUAGGAGUUGAAUCCCAAAGCAUUUCUUUAGGCAUAGUCAUGCGAUGUGAAUUGCUCCACUUCUGUAUCCCCUCCAGGCACAUUUUUUCAAAAGCUGAAUAGAGUUGAAUGGUCUCAAAUCAGUGCCUUGAAAUUGGGCAUUUAUUUAUGUAAUAGUUAAGAGUUAAUAUUAAAAUUGUGGUUGUGAAGUGGGCCAUCAUUUUUGUUCUUAGUUUAGAACAGCUCACUCCGGUAGGAUGAUAGUUGGUGUUUCCAUGGGAGCUGGAAAUCUCAUGGGUUGAAGGAGAGCUUUGUGACAAUCGGUGGGACUGGCCAGUCAACAUUAAUGGUGAAGCAAAUCUAGGAAUUGAUGCCUGAUAGGAACUGGAGUGCAGUCACUCCACACAUCACCCAGGUAGGCGUUCAGGGAAUGAAAUAAUAAUUGUGAUUGUGGCAGUAUUGUGGAAGGUCAUACUUCUUGUAUUCAUUUAGAAGUUCCUUAACUUGGUCCAGGAUACCUUGAAGACUGCUCAGUACCUUAUAUCCAGUGUGACUGUUGAGGUUUUCAGGGGAGUCAGUGUUAGUGAUUCUCCAUGGUUCAGAUGCAUAACUCACUUCCACCAGGAGUGUUCAGUAUUGUGGGUUCAAUUCUUCAAUUCUGUGGAACUCCCUGCCAGUUGAACAGGAAAGGUGCCUGUUUGAUGUCAACUUCUGGCACUUAUUGAAGACUUCAUUUUAAGUGAGAUCCCCCCCCCCCCGAUUUUUAAUUGCUUUUAUGUUGUAGCCUUCAUGUAUCCCUCUUGUAUACUGCUUGGAAAUGACAGUAUUAACUGGUAUAUAAAAUAUGAAGAAUAAGGGGGAAAGGAUAGAAGCAGAAUUUAAAAACUGGUUGGUAUUUCCAUACAACUUAUGGACCUCCAGGUGUAGUUGAACUCUACUCCUGUCAUCCCUGACCAUUUGACAUGUUCACUGGGCCUGAUGGGAGCUGGGGUCCCGCAAUGUCUGGAGGGCAUCAGAGUUUCCCAUUCCUAACAUACAGUACAAGAUGAGUUGGAGACCUGAGGCUUGGGAAGUUUAGACAUGGUUUCCUACUUGCAUAGUUUGGACCAAUGACUGGUUGCUUGUUUUUCAUUUUGGUUUUUAAAUUUGGACCUUUAUUCUUUCAUUCGUGUGGCAUGUCCAUAUGAACAUACUUCUGGCAGCAUUUCCUCUCUAGAAUCCUUGACUCCAGUGAAUGGGAGCAUGUGUGUUGCAAACAAUGAGCUGCUUUUGCUCUGUGGAAAGUUUAUGAAGGAACUGGUGUGACCAUCUAAAUCGCUGCAGCAUAUUUCAUGCUGGAGCUCUGUGAUACCCUGGGUUUAAAAGAUCCCUAGGUGCCCAGUAGCUGUUGUGGGAGCUCAGCGUGGAGGCUUCUGCUGGAAUGUUAAACUAUGCCGAAAGCUUCAAGGCCCAUGGCUGCUUUUUCCCCCAGAAGAGAAAAGUCUGCAAAAUGGGUGUGUGUGGAUGGUGCUGUUUUGUGCCUCUCUGCUGGCCCCUAGUGGUGCCAGCUCCAUAUGCAAGCGCCUGGGUACAUCUGUGUAACAAUGUGGCAGAUUUACACGGCUGCAGUGAUAUCCUUAAUCAGCAUUCGGUGGCAUUAGUUUCAGCAUAGCUAUAUGUGCAGGGUAGGCAAGCCGUUUCAGAGUCGCUCAUGCAUGGCGGAAUUUGGCUGUGUUUGUGUUUCCAAUAAAAGAUGUCCUUCUUAAUUAUGUCCUGCAAAUUGGGGGUGCCUGUUAGCACAGCAGGGAAAGGCUAAACUAUUAUUAGCCAUGCAAAUUUAUAGUGGUGGGUGUUCCAGAUUUUACUAACUUACGGGAAAGAAGUACAGUGGUACCUCGGGUUACAUACGCUUCAGGUUUCAUACGCUUCAGGUUACAGACUCCGCUAACCCAGAAAUAGUACUUCUGGUUAAGAACGUUGCUUCAGGAUGAGAACAGAAAUUGUGCUCUAGUGGCGCGGCGGCAGUGGGAGGCCCCAUUAGCUAAAAUGGUGCUUCAGGUUAAGAACAGUUUCAGGUUAAGUACGGACCUCCGGAAUGAAUUAACUACUUAACCCAAGGUAAUUUCUUAUCCCAAAGGAUAACCACAAUUAAAUAAUAAAGAAUUAUAGAGUUGGGCCAUGAGGGUCAACUAGUUCACUGCAGUGCAGGAAUCUUUUGCCCAACAUGGGGCUUGAACCCACAACUCUGAGCUUAAGAGUCUCAUGCCCUACUGACUGAGCUAUCACUUGGCUUUUGUUUUGGAUAAGUAAAUUGUGAGAACAGGAGGAUGGCCCAUAACAAAACUUGGAUUCCUUUUCUCUGCCUCCUUAUUUCUGUUACUUCGUCAGCUUCACUUUGACACUGUUACGCUCUCAGCUGCAACAAUGAGGCUCACAAUCUUGUACUGAUGCUAAGGCUGCAAUUGUAUUGAAGGCUAGAAUGUCACAAGUCCCUCAGAAUGCUGCGUGUUUUCUGCUCCGCCCUGUAAUAAACCCAAACCCCACCUGCACCCUGAGAGCUGGUUGCUGCCGAGACAUAUAGCAUCUCCUUCCCAACGCAUGCGGGACACAUGGCAGUGCACCCAGGCAUUUUGUGUGUGUGUGUACAUAUUGCACGGACCACAGAGGGAGGUGAUCACCCCUACUUCACUUAAUGGGUAUCAGUGACCAGUCAGUCCUCACAUCCUGGGAUGUGGUUCCAUGCUUACCAAGCAUAGCCUCUCAUUUGGAGGCUUGGAGAAGAGCAGGCCUCUAGAUGCUUAUAGGUGUGGUGCAGAAAGGCCUCAAGGAAUGGUUAGGUGUGUUUUAGUAUGCUCAGUUCAUGGCCAACACUAAGGGGGGUAGGAUUGCAGUUCAUUCUGUGAGAGGUACCUGUACCAUUUGCCAGCUCAUAUGUGGUGUAAGCUGAUAUAGAUCUGGUAUUGACGACACCACAGCCCAUUCCCCAAUGCAAAGCUGGCAGAAUUCCCAGGGGCAAUUGUGGGAUCCAUAUACGUUCUGGUAAGCUCCUGAGGGAAUCAAGAGCACCCCUUUUCAAGAAGCUGCUGUGAACCUGGAACUGUUUCAAGUGAUUUGUCUGCAGAUAUGCCUUCUUGGUUUCCCUUGUCAACCACAAAUGUGCCAUGAGUAGUUUGUGAGUGUGCAUUAAUAAUAAUAUCGCCUUCUUGUCUCCGGUUCUGUGGCCUGUAGGAUUUUUAGCUAUUGAGCCCUAUAGGUAAUGGGUUUUACCAGUUGUGCUUUUCAUUCACACACCUUUUCUUUCUUUCUUUCUUUUUUUGAAACCACCCUUCCCCACAAAACAUCACCAGUGGCAGCAUUGUACUUAUUCUAUAAGAGGGGGAAACUGAGGCAGUUGCCAACACCCAGCAGGACCGCUGUAGCAAUGCAAGUAGCAAGUUGCUGACCGUGGUCUUUCAAAAGCCUACACCUGCCUUCCCUCAUCUAACACAAUUGGUAUCCUUGCUUCUGGCAGAACAUUGCCAGACGACUGAAUUCUACACUGGGAGGGGGAGUUACAGAAUUAAGCAGAAUGCCCUCCUCCCUUAGCCUUUCAUGUCUGGGACAAGUUUGUUUGAUCUGAGCACAUUUCCCCCAGUAAGGAUAACGCCUCAAUUAGCUGAUCAGUAUGCGGUCAUUGCAUGUUCAAAUGUUCUGGUCAUAGUUUAGUUUGUUCUGCCAGACAUUCCUCGUGCGGACUUAUCUAAGGAAUUCAAGACUGAAUCCCACUCGUACCAAAAUGAAUAUCUGUCAGAUUCUCUGUUGAAGUGAUGCCGCUGCAGUUGGUGAAGUAUAGCCUCUCGAUCAAGCCCAUAUAGCAUUUUUCAAAUUACAUUUCUAGGGACACAGACACCCACCCACCCACCCUUCUCUUCUCAGUGUUCUUACUUUCCCAGCAUGGUUGCAGAAUCCAGAGUCUUGGGAUUGUUGAGGUCUUUAAAGCCUUGACAAGACCAUGGAGCUAGGUGUGCUACCUCUUCUCAUUAACCCUGUUUCUGCACUUUGAGCACAGGACUGAAUGAAGCUUUUUGCCAUAUUUCCCCCCUGAUAAACAUGCUAUGCCUUUAAUAGUUUGCAUAACAAGCGGAAAUCUAUCAGGUGCAAUUUCAUUGCAGGUCAUUGCAUCUAUUCACAGUCUGCUGCUGUGAAUACAGAACCUGUUUAGAAUGGAAUUUGUUGUGAUGAUGGUACAUAGCCCUAUAUAGAAAUAUCUCAGCUCCCGAAUCUGCUUUAGUUUGUACUCUGGAUGCAAACAGGACAGGAUUAGGCUAGCUUCUACUGGUGCAUAGGAUGAUCAUAUUUUUCCUGACAGGGUUCUUGUGCCCCCCCCCCAAAUGUGGGGGUGGUGAAACAGCACCUGUUGAAUCUGUUUGUUCUGUAACUGUUUAAAGGCAGAGGAGCACUGCCACAAAUUUGGCAAGCAUACGGCCCUGGUAAUCUAGCCACUCUGCUGCUGUGCAGAACUGGAGUCCUACACAUCACGGAAUUGAGAGUGGAAUAUAAGGAAACAGCUGACUGCUUCAGUGCUUAAUACAAACAGGCAGAUGGAGACACCUCUUUACAUGAUGUAUGAUGAAUUUAUGGAGUUUGAUACCACAAGAUUGGGUGCCAAUCACUAGCUUAGAUGACUUUCAAGGAAGACCAGGCAAAUGCAUGGAGGAGAAGUCUUGUCAAUGGCUAUUAGUUGCAGGAGGGAUGUAUUCAGCAUCUCAGACCUGGUUAUUGCCUUCAUGCCCUGUUUGCGGUUUCCCCAGAAGCAUUGGUUGGCUGCUGUGGGAAGCAGGAUUUUUCUGCUUGACCUAUCAGUGCCCUGUGUAAAGGAAACCUGAUGGGUUCCUCUUAUGUUGCCUAGUUCCCUGGAGCUCUUGAACCAGAGUUGAGGAACCUUUGGCCCACCAGGUGUUGCUGAACUACAACUUGCACAAUUCCUGGCCACUGGCUGUGCUUUCUGGGACGGAUGGGAGUUGUGGUUUAGAAAUAUCUGGAGGGCCACAGGUCUCUCACACGCAUGACCUCAAGAAAUGGGGUUUUAGCAGCCCUACUUUGUUUGCAGAUUCUCCCAUCACAAUAUCCCUGUUUCAGGCAAAGCAUUGGCUGCAUGUCCGGCCCGGUAAGGAAAAGUCAGUGGCAGCACUAUAAAUUAGGGUGUGGUGAUAUUUAGGGUGGGAUGCUUUCUCAGCCAAGGAUUAUUGUGUCUCCUAGGAGUACAAUGAAGUAUUCUGCAAAUGCCCUGAAGCAUUGCAACGGAGCCCAAGGGGCAUUAGAAUUAGGCAGGAGAAAAAUGUAAGGCAUGCCAAACAUCUCCUUGGGAUGUUCUCCUCUUUGGGAAUGCUUACCUUGCUUGCUGGAGAGGCCACCAGGCAGGAAGCACGUAAGUGAGUCAUAUAGACAUGCAGGCGAAGGCACCUCUCCCCCCCAAAAAAAUUCAAAAAGCUUUGCAAUCAACUAGAAAUCUUGUGUAUUUGCAGAUGCAGGCAGCCUCUGCAUGAAGAGGGCCCAAGUGCAUUCUUGUCAUUCUUUCGUUAGAAGAAUCUCAAUUUAUGGCUUCUCUGCCCCCUCCUCACUCGUGAAGAAUUCUAGUCUGUUAAUUUCAGUUCUCAGUGGAAUCUGCUUGAGAGCCUGGUACUGCAAGAUAGCAAACAGAACAAAAAGAUAGCGCCCUUUAUUUUUCUUUCUUUUUAAAUGGCAUGGUUGCCCUUUUGGCUUGGACCUCAUGACCGUAAUAUAUAAAUACAUCUAGGAAAAAUAAAACGCUGCUAAAAUUACAGAUCAAAACAGGCAACUGAAAGGCCUCCCACAUCUAAUUCUCUCCGCCUGCUUAGAUAGCAAAAGUCUUACAUCAUUCUUGGAAUAUACCUAGAUGGGAGUCUGAGCUAGAGACCAGCCUCUUGCUGAUGGUAUUUAGGGGCAUGAAGGCAUCGUUGGGAGACUGCAGUUGAUACAGUGGUGCAUUGUGAGGGCAUGAUAUGAUCCUGGUAAUGUAGUGCUUUAAGUUAAAGCUCCCACCAUGGGUCAUCCUCCUCAGCAUGCUGACACUCUUUAGGUGGGAUUUAUGCUGGUGGAGGCAUUCAGAUAUUCAGGUGUUGCUGAAUUACAAUUCUCAUCAGUUCUAGCAAGCAUGGCCAAUGGCCAGGAAUGACGGGAAUUGUAUCGUGUGUUCCUUUAAAUUCUGUUGGAAGCUGCCCAGAGUGGCUGGGGCAACCCAGAUGAGCAGGGUACAAGUAAUAAAUCAUUGUUGUUGUUCAGCAACAUCUGGGGAGCCAAAGCUUUCCCACCCCUGAAAUAUGUGAUGCCCUACCUGCUGUCAAAAUGGCGCAGUCCAGGAAAAAUUCAGUGACUCGGUCCCUCCAUGGCAAAAGACCUCCCAGCUGUUAUUGUUGCAGCCUCCUCUCAAUUCAUCUCACCCCCAUCCAGCCGCCCAACUAUAGUCAGAUGCUGCCCUGUACAAGAUUAGCUCAGUGGCACCAUUGUGAGAUUGGGUUACACAAAUCCACAAGGUUAGACCACACCAGUUAGUUAUGACUGAUUCCUGCAACUUGCCAUUUUGUUUUGCAAGUGCAAGAGAGCCAGGUUUUGUCAAGAGGGCUUAUAAUGCAGGGGAGACAAGCGAGGGAAGUGGAGCACUAAUGUGCUGCUUUGGAAAACAACCUGCCUUGGUCUAAACUGCUUCCCUAGUGUUUUGUGGACAGUUGGUCUAAAAAGAGCAGACAGGAGAGAGGGCGCCCCUAAAUAAGAAAGCUGCCAAAUUGUCGACAAAUUGGCCCACUGGUUUUUGUGCUCCAUCUUUAAAAUUGAUUUGAGGAAAACUAAGAUGGAUUUGGUUUCCUCCCCCAAAAUACUGGGAUUGGAGGGUCUGGGUAAAAUUGUUUCCUUGGAUUACAUGCUUGACAACAGAACUCUCUCUCUCUCUCCUCCCUCUUCUCUCCCUGCCAUUUCUUUAAUUUGGCUAGCUCUAUUUUUUGGAUGAUGGUGGUGCCCAAAUUACUGGCUCAUCACAAGGUGCUUUAGGGGUGGGGUUCCUACUUCAACUUGGAGCACCUUAUCUUUACGUUUGCCAAGCCCAGAACUCCACCAAAGACUUUGGGUUUGGCUUGGGAUUCAUUUGAAGCUGCUACACACCCCUAGAAAACAGGAAAAUAUUAUUUCAGUUAACACAUGUACUUAGCGUCAUUACAGUACAUGUUACAUUGUGAAUAUGGGCUGUGUGUGUGAUCUUUUUGCUUGGCAGUCUUGAAAGUGCUAAUCUCAGAACUGGAUUGCUGGGGGGCAAAUAACACGUAUGAGCCCACUCAUCAAACGGUGCAUUUUCAUUUGCUUCCGCAAGGCUGCAAGUUCAGUCAAGAACAUGCAAGGCUGCCAAACCAAUGCUCCCUCUAUCCCAGUUAUGGUUGAUGCUGCCUGGUAGCUGCUCUCCAAGGUUUUCUGGCCAGUCUUAAUUGGAGAUGCUGGGGAGUGAACCUGGUACCUUGUAUGCAAAACAUGCUGCUGAGCUGCGGCCCUUCUCUCAAUGUUCCACGAAUGGAGGGAAAGGUGUACAGGACUAGCAACCUUAACAAUGUGUGGUUAAAACAGUGGUGAAAAAGCAGUCCUCUUAAUGCAAAGGCUAGGUUUGGUGAGGAAAAUCUUCACUGCAAGCUUUCUAUCGGUCUGUCUUUCUUUUCUUUUUAAAUAUACAGUGGUACCUUGGGUUACAUACGCUUCAGGUUACAGACUCCGCUAACCCAGAAAUAGUGCUUCAGGUUAAGAACUUUGCUUCAGGAUGAGAACAGAAAUCGUGCAGUGGCGGUGCGGUGGCAGCAGGAGGCCCCAUUAGCUAAAGUGGUGCUUCAGGUUAAGAACAGUUUCAGGUUAAGAACGGACCUCUGGAACAAAUUAAGUACUUAACCCGAGGUACCACUGUAUUCAUUAUGUUUUCAAAAACAACAUACAAACACUAAAGAAACAAAGACCAAUGAUGGUGUGCAGAACAAUAUUGCAGUUAGAAUAAAACAAAUCACAUGUUCGGUAUAGUUUUGCAGGCAUAAUAAUAAAAUGGAUUCCACAAAGUGACAUUUUGGAAGUCAGAGCUACAUAUCAAUAAGGUAACCACACCGCACAGAGACACGUGUUGUUGGGGGCCUGUGCAGUGCACAAUUUUUAUUUAUAAAGCAUAUAAAUGGAGACCAUACAACAUCAAAAUGGUCUCCUUUCAUAACUCCUCUUGAAGCCCUCUUGUGAUGGCUUAGAUGCUCAGGCAGGGUAAUGUCCCAAACCCUCUCACAUCAUCCAUCCCUGGAGAGAAUUCACUGCAUCCUUACUUAUCUCAUUCUGAAUAGUUUAGCUGCGGAAUUGUGUUUUCUUCUUUUCUGAAUAUUGUCACAUUUGUGUUAAUAUUAUUACCCCCCCCCCAAGAAAGCCUGUUUGGGGUACCAGAUGUAGUUUAUCCCCAUUUUUACUAUGUAUUUUCCAUUCAUAUGUAACAUUCUCUCCAUUGUUAGUGGGCUGCUCUGACAACCCCAUCAGUCCAAGCAUGCCACAUUCUUUCCACCUACCGUUGCCUCACUGCUGUACUGUGUUUAUCUUAUCAACAUGCCUCUUAUAUCUUCCGAGGCCAGUUCUUUUGCUCUGACAAUCUUAUUAUUCUGCCCCUCGAAGAUUUAGAGGAGUUUUUCUUUCGCUGUCAUGUGCUGCAGUCAGCUGGCACACUGGUGUACAUCAACUGAAGCUGCUCGCUCUGCGGGUCACGCUCUGAAUUAGCUGCCCUUUACUGUUUCAGUAUUGUUGACUUUAGUUAGCUAAGGCUUUCUGAGAUCUCUGGCAGAGGUUUCCCCCCAGACCUACUCCCACUUCAGGUCUUGCUUGGAUCAGAUUUGCUAGGGAAUGAAAUCAAGACCAUUAUACUUCAUUUAUUUGACUUACAUUCUGCCCUUCCUCCAAAAGGGAGCCCAGGGUAGCAAGCAACAAGCGAUAAAACCAGAAAAAAACAUCUUUUAGAACAGGGGUCAGCAAACUUUUUCAGCAGGGAGCCAGUCCACUGUCCCUCAGACCUUGUGGGGGGCUGGACUAUAUAUAUUUUUUUUGGAGGGGGAAAUGAACGAAUUCCUAUGCCCCACAAAUAACCCAGAGAUGCAUUUUAAAUAAAAUGACACAUUCUACUCAUGUAAAAACAUGCUGAUUCCCGGACCAUCCGCCGGCUGGAUUUAGAAGGCGAUUGGGCUGGAUCUGGCCCCUGGGCCUUAGUUUGCCUACCCAUAUUUUAGAAAAAUAAUUCCAUGCAGAGCCAGACUGGGGAAUAUCUCGAUUUAAGAGGCUUCUUGGAAGAGGAAGGUCUUCAGCAGGGGCUGUGAAAAGGCAACACAGUCGCCUACUGUUCAAAGGAGGAGGGGGGGAGAAUUACAUAGGGUAGGUGUGGCCAUGCUAAAGGCCAGAUUCCUACAGUGAUGAAUCAGGAAUGGGCCUCCUGAUAAGAUGGUGCCUGCAGGAGCAAACACCCCCCACACACUUGCAGAGUUCAGUGAUCAAUUGGGUACAUAAGGGAUGAGUCUAUCUUUCAUGUGCAUUCAUGCUUUCAAAGCAUUUAGUUCAGUUCUUGCAUUUACACCCCACCUGUUUGUCCAAGGAGCUCAAGGUGGCAUACACAUUUCUCCCCCUCUCCAGUUAUUCCUCGCAAUAACCCUGCAAAGGAGGUUAGGCUGAGAGGCAGUGACUGGACCAAGGUCACACUCUAACCCAGGGGUGGGCAACCUAAGGCCCAGGGGCCGAUUGCGGCCCAAUCGCCUUCUCAGUCCAGCCCAUGGAUGGUCCUGGAAUCAGCGUGUUUUUAUAUGAGCAGAAUGUGUCCUUUUAUUUAAAAUGCAUCUCUGGGUUAUUUGUGGGGCAUAGGAAUUAGUUCAUUCUCUCCCCCCCCAAAAAAAAGUCCGGCCCACCACAUGGUCUGAGGGACGGUGGACUGGCCCAUGGCUGUAAAAGGUUGCUGACCCCUGCUCUAACCACUACACCACACUGGCUCCCACUAGGCUAUUGCUGCUGCUCUGCUCUGUGUUUGACCCUUGGUGCCUGGGGGGAAAUAAUCACACCGUGUCAGUAAAUGAACUGGGCCACUUGUAAAGUCCUCCAACAGCAGCUCUCUUCCUCUGAGAGCCUGCAUUCUGGAGACGGCUGCUUUUAUUUAUUAGCUGCUUACACUAGUGACACUUGUAAUAGCUCUUAUCUGCCUGGGGCUACAUUCUUGAAAGCAGCUACAGUGAUAAAGGGCUUGAAAGAACCUGCACAGUGCAUAUCAUUCUUAUUCCUCCUCCUUUUUCUUUCUUUUUAAUCUAAAAGAAAUAAAGUAAUAAACAUUCGAAACCCUUCAUGUGGGUUUCUCAUUAGACCACCUAAAUGAUCUCCAAAAUGUUAUCUUCCUCUCGGAUAGUUUUGUUCAAAGGAUGUGUGUGUGUGUCUGUGUGUGAAGAGUAAAAGCUCUCCCCGUGACUGCUGUGGGGUUCAGUUGCAACUUGUGGGUGGGGCAGAUCAUGUAGGACUUUCUCAUAAAAUAGGUACCCCGCCUUCAGGCAUCAAAGUUGUAGGAAAGCUCCACACAAUCCACUCCACCCAUCCUGUUGCAUCAUUCUCUCACAGUCCCCCUGCCCCAUCACAUCAUGGAAAAGUGGCUUCUACGCUGGUGUGCGUGAAGCGAGUCACAAUCCCUUCUGGAAACUUCUCUUUCACCAGCAGAGGCACUCACCCGCCAGCAUUUGGCUGUGCAAUAGCAGCAGAGUGACUGCUCCUGUUCAAUAAAUAGGGAGCACGUGGGAAGACUUGGGAUUCCAUCAGAGGUAGCGUUGUGCCACAUCUUUUGGGAGAAGGGAUGCAGCUCAGUGGUAGAUCACAUGCCUUGCAUGCUGAAGGUCCCAGGUUCAGUCCUUGGAAGCCACUGACACUAAGUCUAGACAAAGCUGAGCUUAAUGGACCAAUGUGCUUGCUCAGUAUGAAACUACUUCGUAUAUUUCUAUCCUCUAUUUUAUGGUGAAAUAGCUUCAAGAGAAGCCUCAGAUAUACUAUCAUAUGUGAAAAAACUCAUAGGAAAUAUCCCUGUGGUUUGUACACAUUUUUUGAAAAGGGGGUAUUGUUGGAAGAGCGAAUUAUAUUUGUCCUCAGUAGUGUUUGAAUUGGCUUCCAUUAAUUUGGUGUGGGCCGUUCUCCUGUGAUAGACAGUCUGCUUGGAUGAAUGACUCCAGACGAAGUUCUAAGGGAGCAGGAUGUACGUGUGGGAGUUGAGAUUUAUUUGGGAUACUGGCAUGACAGCUGGCCCUUGCGUCUGUAAAAUAUCUAACAUGAUUGGGGCAAAAUCCUAAGCACACUUAGGUUUGAAAUAAGACUCAUUGAAACCGAAUAAGAGUGCAUAGGAUGAGAACGUUAGUGACUCACCAAGAACAGUGAAUGCCCAAUAUUCACCAUUUUUAUCUGGACUUACCUAGUAGUACAAGCCCUACUUUCCCCACUGCUACCUAACUGAAGUCUGUCUUCUGAGUUGUCGGCUAACUUCUUUCCACAGCAGUAUCUCUAGUGGUGAAAUGGAAAUAUUUAUGGAUUUAUUUCAUAAAAUUUAUACACUGCUUGAUUGUAAAAAAACAAAAACCCUCAAAGCAGUUCCCAAAUAAUAAAACAGUAAAAUCAAGAAAAAAUUACAAGCUUUCUUGAAAACAUACAAAAGUUUCAAUGCUGAAACACUGGAAUUUGCCUCCAAGUAAAUGCUCUUGGGAUUAUGGCCUAAAUAUACUGAGUAAAUAUUACUAUGUUCCUUCUUACUAAACAAUGCAUUUAUUGAAAAGAAUUUUAAAAACCUGAGCUUUGGGGAUAUUCAGGACUUCUGUUUGCAGAAGCUUAUGUUGUAGCUGAAAUGGGGGCUGGAAGAGAGAGAUGAUUACAGUAAAUUAAAACUAAAGGUAAUAUUGUGUUUGCAUGGGAAUAAUCAGGAUAUCGUAAAUUUCUGCUUAAGAAAUCAAGUGCUAUGGCCAAAACCUCUUUUAAAAGCUGUAAUUUCAAAAGAACUAUGGCAAUAUUAGAUAACAUAUGUACCUAGAUUCCCAAUGCCCAAAUCUUUCAUGUUUUCCUAAGGAAGAUGGGAUACAUUGUGGGUCAAGAUGGAACUCUUCUAAGGCAGAGAGGACCUGGGUACCAUAAACAGAAACAGCAGAUGGUACAGACUUGACAACACACAAGCCUCUCAUCUAAAGGAUGCUCCAUUGAAGCCCCUCUUGCUUCCAAAAUAUGCAAAGCUAGGGCUCUGAUGAAAUUCUCAGAGCCUGUCUUAGAAUAGCCAGACCACCAGUUUGCAGGUUUCUAUGCCUCCUAGACAUAACAGCAGUAGUAAGAGCCCUAGUCAUUGAAAGGCCGUCUGUUGCAUGUGCAAGUUGAGCAAUCUUUUUGCUUGGUCUGCUAACUUUCUGGGGGCUAUAAAUAGGUGGAGCUGUUAUACUUGGUUAAGCCAACCCUGCCGUCUCCCUUUUAUGCCUGCAGGAGUAAACUGUGUUAUAGAGAAACUUAAAGGUUCCUGGGAUGAAGCAGUGCGCUGUUGUGGUAUUAGGAGUGCUCAUUGUAGUGUUUGUUUUGCAAGGACACUUACCCACCCACAAGGCAUGCAAAUAGUUCAGCUCUGACUCAGACAUCAAGGAUGGCCUUUUGACUGAGCUCAUGUUGUAAGUCUCCUGACUUUUGACAGCUGGGCUGCAAGUGCCUCGCCUAAGGUUCCAAAUGGGGACAGGACUGUCACUUAACGAUGCUUGGUUAUUUCAGACUUUUGCAGCUUUCUUAGCACCCCGGUCCAGUGGCGUAGCGUGGGGGGUGCAGGGGGGGCCGGCCGCACCGGGCGCAACAUCUGGGGGUUAGGGUUAGGGGGCGCAAAUCCACGGGUUAGGGGGCGCAAAUUACUUGCCUUGCCCCGGGUGCUGACAACCCACGCUACGCCACUGCCCCGGUCGAAGCAGCAGCCAUGUCUAAAUAGCUGCUGUUUUACCCCCUCUGGAGAUUGCACAGCUGCUUCUCUAAACCCUCUUGCCAGCAUAUUGCUGCAAGCACUGCUGCCAUGGAGAAAUUGCAAGUGUUCAGUUCCUCAAGCCACUGAUAAGAUCAGUGGUUUGGAAACUGCAAUUCUUCUCCCAGCAACUGCAGGUCAUUCAGAUGAAGUGCUGUGGUUAGCAAUCUGGGUCAUGGGCAUAAAGGUAAAGGUAAAGGGACCCCUGACCAUUAGGUCCAGUCGUGACCGACUCUGGGGUUGCGGCGCUCAUCUCGCUUUAUUGGCCGAGGGAGCCGGCGUACAGCUUCUGGGUCAUGUGGCCAGCAUGACUAAGCCGCGUCUGGCAAACUAAAGCAGCACACAGAAACGCCGCUUACCUUCCCACCAGGGUGAUACCUAUUUAUCUACUUGCACUUUGACGUGCUUCCGAACUACUAGGUUGGCAGGAGCAGGGACCAAGCAACGGGAGCUCACCCCGUCGUGGGGAUUCGAACCGCUGACCUUCUGAUCAGCAAGUCCUAGGCUCUGUGGUUUAACCCACAGCGACACCUGCGUCGGUCAUGGGCAUAGUGCCUAGCAAAUGACUGUGGAAUGUAACAAAAUUGGGGUGGGGAACCUCCGGACUGCAGGCUGAAUCUGGUCCUCUAGCUCUCUCUAGCUGGCCCUGCUUUGCAUCCCAAAAGGGCAAUCGUGUCAAUUAGUUCUGUUUGACUCAGCCAGGAACCUCGCCAAAUAGGUAAAAUAUCAAGAGCUGCAGGCAAGCUAGCUCUGGAAAUGAUAGAAAGGGGGCUAUGAACAGCUGCUUCAUUAUUAGGUUUUGGGAGAUUUGUGAGCCAGUUAGUAAGUUGUGGUCUCCUUGUCAUACUUUCUGUGUUUACCCUCUGGAAAUUGGAUAAAAAGCACUGAAGAUUUGGUUGGAGAUGGCACAAAUGGCCAGAAAAAUUGCUCAGUUCCUGCUCACCCCAGAAGCAGCACUUAUAAAACACCCUUGAAUUUCCUCCUUGUAUGCUUGAAUGAGAUUUGCAAGAGACUCUAUUGGUGCCUUAAUUCUGGAACUGCUUGGUUACCUUCCCAGGAAGAAACAUGUGCCCCAACAGCUGAGUCUGAAAGUGCUUGACUUCUAUUAACACAUAGCAGGGGUAACUAUCCUGAUGCCCUCUAAAUGUUUUUUGGACUCCCAUUAUCCCUAUCCAACAUGGCCAAUGGUGAGGGAUUUGAGGAGCUGUAGUCCAACAGUCUCUGGAGGCACCAUGUUGGCUACGAUUGAUAUAUAUGUUUAUGAUAGUCAAUAGAUUUGUACUGUAGCUUUCAUACAAAGAGAAUCACUGGAUCUUUUUUUUUUUACUGCUUUGCUAUCUCAUAUUCAGCAGCCAGAGAAGGGAAUUUUCUGCCCUUGCACAGAUAAAUUUGUAUAACCUCUACCUCUGGUCUGUAUUGCCCUAAUGGUUUUUUGUGUGUGUCUUCAUUUUUUUUACAGAAUGGCUGCAGGGUGUCCAAGCUCUGAUGAUCCUUUCCAUCAUCUUCAGCGUAUUGUCUUUGUUCCUGUUCUUCUGCCAGCUCUUCACUCUCACUAAGGGCGGACGGUUCUACCUUACUGGCAUUUUCCAGAUCCUUGCUGGUAAGUAAAGGGGAGUGGAAUUGCAUAUCCUGGAACAUUGCCACGGGAAAUUGUCCAAGAUGGAGCAUUGGUUGAUGAUGGAAAGCAAGGGAGACUCCAGAAUAGCAAAGUUAAGAUGCAGAACAUGAUUUUUUCUAACCUGUCAUGUGCUCUGCAUGUAUGUAGGAUUAUUCUUAAAUUUCUUACACAACAUUCUAAAGAAAGAAAGGGCAAGACAACUUAAAAGAAUAUAGGAUAUUUAAUAUUUUUUAAAAAUCAUUUAGAUGACAGCACAGCACAUUUAGCAAUUAAAUUUUAAUAAUUUAAAUUUUUCAAUAGUAAGCAUAAUUAUUAAAUUAUUAAUAAGGCCGGUUACUAUUGUAAGCAACAAGAAUUCUCUGGUUGUAUUGAACAACAUUAUGCAUGGUGUGAGGAAGGUGCUGUAACUGUCUGCAUGUGGGUGCACCUGCUCCCUGCCAGAGAGAAUGCAGACCUUGCUGAGAAAGGGAACAUUGUCUGGAAAAAACAAUCUCAGAAAAUUAGAAUAUUGUGAAAAGGUGCAGUAGCUAUUCAAUCCAUAACACCUGCAAUGGGUUCCCGAGCCUUUAAAUGGUCUCUCAGUCUGGUUCAGUAGGAAGCACAAUCAUGGGGAAGGCUGCUGACCUGACAGUUGUGCAGAAAGCCAUCAUUGAGACCCUCCAUAAAGAGGGAAAAGCCUCAAAAGGUAAUUACAGAAAAAGUUGGAUGUUCCCAAAGUGCUGUAUUGAAGCACAUUAAUGGAAAGUUAUGCGGAAGGGGAAAGUGUGGAAGACAAAGGUGCACAAGCAGCCGGGAUGACCACAGCCUGGAGAGGAUUGUCAGGAAACGAUCAUUCAAACAUGUUGGGGACUUUCACAAAGAGUGGACUGAGGCUGGAGUUAGUGCAUCAAGAGCCACCACACACAGACGGAUCCUGGAGAUGGGCUUCAAAUGUCGUAUUCCUCUUGUCAAGCCACUCCUGAACAAGAAACAAGGUCAAAAGUGUCUUACCUGGGCUAAAGAAAAAAAGAACUGGUCUGUUGCUCAGUGGUCCCAAGCCUCUUUUCUGAUGAGAGCAACUUUUGCAUCUCAUUUGGAAACCAAGGACCCAGAGUCUGGAGGAAGAAUGGGAAGGCACAAAAUGCCAGAUGCUUGAAGUCCAGUGUGAAGUUUCCACAGUCUGUGUUGAUUUGGGGAGCCAUGUCAUCAGCUGGUGUUGGUCCACUGUGCUUCAUUAAGUCCAGGGUCAAUGCAGCUGUCUACCAAGAGAUUUUGGAGCACUUCAUCCUUCCUUCCACAGACAAGCUUUAUGGGGAGGCUGGCUUCAUUUUCCAGCAGGACUUGGCACCUGCCCACACUGCCAAAAGUACCAAAACCUGGUUCAAUCCCAUGGGAUUACUGUGCUUGAUUGGCCAGCAAACUCACCUGACCUGAACCCCAUAGAGAAUCUAUGGGGCAUUGCCAAGAGAAAGAUGAGAGACAUGAGACUGAGCAAUGCAGAAGAGCUGAAGCAUCUUGGUCUUCCAUAAUAUCUCAGCAGUGCCAUAGGCUGAUAGCAUCCAUGCCACGCCGCACUGAAGCAGUAAUUGAUGCAAAGGGGCCCCAAACCAAGUACUGAGUACGUAUGCAUGCUUCUACUUCUCAGAGGUCCAAUAUUGCUCUAUUUGCAAUCCUUGUUUUGCUGAUUUCAUUUAAUAUUCUAAUUUUCUGAGAUUGUUAAUUUGGGGUUUUCAUCAGCUAUAUAUGCCAUAAUAUCACAAUUAUAACAAAUAAAUGCUUGACAUAUCUCACUUUGCAUGUCACGAGUCUAUCUCACAUAUUAGUUUCACCUUUUAAGCUGAAUUACUGAAAUAAAUGAACUUUUUCAUGAUAUUCUAAUUUUCGAGUUUCACCUGUAAACCGGAGCUUCUCCAUCUUGAGCCAAGUUAUCAAUAAACUUUGUGAAGAUCAGACUGGAGCCUACAUUUGUUGGGAACCAUUCUGCAAAGAAACAGUAAAGAUGUUUGUACCUUUAAGAACUGUUUCUGUGAGCUCUGGGCAGAUUGGGUACAGCUGGUCAUGACUACAAAAGGAGGAAAAGUUGCACUUUGAACUUUGCCUGCAGGGAGAAAACACCCACAAGCUUUGUUGUUUGUUGUUUUUGUAAUAAAACCUUUACUUGAUUUGUUUUAUACCUGUCUCGUGGUGUCGUAGUUUCUGUCAUCUGCCACCAGAGGGGGAAAAGCCUCUAACAUUAACUACAGAGACAGUACGUUGACAUGGAUUCUCCAUAAAUCACUUGGUAGAAAUCGGCACAGUCACUCUGACAUCCGUCAAAGAAACUCUUAGAACCCUCCAGUUUGCGAGUACAGCAAAAAAUAUGAAAAAUCACCCCCUAAUAAAUGAAGUUAUGAAUGAGGGUGCCCUUCUGAAGAGGUAUCAUUUAGAGAUUGAAAACCUGAAGCAACACAUAGAUGAUGUUUCAUCACAAUCCCAGCCGGCACAGAUCCUUGAAGAGAAGAAUGCUCUUCAAUAGUCCCCAAACAGCUGGAGGGCCAAGUCUGGCCAUCACUGUCCUAAGAUAAUCAGGACUGCCUUAUGUACUGCCUUCUGCAAUGGCACCAUCUCUUGGACUUGUUUUGUGGCACACUUGCCAGCCACUUUCCCAGGGCCGAAGUACCAUCAACCGCCAUUCACCCACUCAGUCCACAGUUCUGACUGCUGUAGCGCCAGGCUUGAAAGGGAGCUGCUGUGUGCUUCUGAAUAGUUCUUGUGUCGGCAGCUUCUUCUCCUGUCCCUCAUCUCACUGCACUUCAGUCUAGCAUUGGGUGAGCAUUCCACACCCUGGCUCCUAAAGAGAGAGAGAGAGAGAGAGAGAGAGAGAGAGAGAGAGUCUGUUUAAGAGCCUCCAGAGUGGGAGCUGUUUUGGCUUGUGCUCAGAUUAAUUUGCAUUCCUCCAAAAAGGUUUGCUUUUUCAAAGUCAGGGUUGCAUUUCCUCAUAACAUUCCUGGGGCUUUAUGGACAUUAAUCCAUACCUUGUAUAUACCGUUGCUGGUAGCUGUGAAGAUUUAGGAGCCUCAGCAGCCAGCAUAAAGAUAGCUCCUGUUCGUGUUUUUCCUGGUUUUCUCCAGCCAAUUCAGUGUGAGCAAUUGGAACCUCUGUUUCUGUUGGGUGGAGCAUUUGGAAGCUGGCCCUGCUCUCCAGUCCAUGAGAAAGCAUUUUCCAAGCCGUCAAUCACUUUCUUUGCAGAUGAUCUUGCCCCCAAGGCAACCUUCCUUCCUGUGACUCAGCCCUGUGCUGCUUAUAAACUGCAGUUUAAAUAUGCCUGGUUUUAAUGUGUAACUUUCCAGCAUCUUUGGAAGGAGCAGGGUGCUGAUCACAGGGAACUGUCUGGGGUAAUAUUAGGUGUACUUCUGUUCUUUGUGUGGGUCUUUCAGUGAGAGGGACCCUGAGGUUCAUCUAGCCCACCCGCCUGCAAUGCAGGAAUAUGCAGCUGAUCAAACUUGCAACCUUGGCAUUAUAAACACCAUGCUCUAACCAAGUGAACUAUCCAGGAAAUGCAAUUAAAACUGAACUCAGUCUCAGAGUACAUGAUGGUUACACAGUAUUGUAACUAGAAAACAAAAUCUGAGUUUUGAGCAUAUGCUUUCAUAAUAGGUUUAUCACGCCAAAUUCAGCAACUUUCAUGCAGAUUUUUUUUUUUUUUUUACUUUUAUAAUGACCGAUUGAUGCCAUCAGCAUUUGAAUACAGCAUGUUAUGAAUCUAUCAAAUCUGAAGGGUUUUUUUUCUUUCUGCAGAGACAUGCAGAAGCAGAUCAGAUUACAAGAUACUGACUUUCAAAAUAACACUAGUGUUUGGGUUCCCAGUUCUAGACUUUGAAUGCAAACGUUCCAUAGCACCAGGUUUCAGUCAUACAAAACUUAUCCUGGUGUUUCCAGUGGCUCAAAUAUGUUGCUUUGAAGUUUCUUCCAAUGCUCAAAGUUGGAAGGCGGGGGAAUUAUUUGGGAUGGCUAAAUUUUAUGUUAGGCCCAAAUCAAUUGACUGGUGCCAUCUUCCUCUCCUAUCCUAUAGGAUAGUGCUUCCAAUUUCUUCUGUGUGUGCCCUCCUUUUGCUAGAGAUGCAAAUGAGCACUGGAAUUUCAACUCUAUUCUGGUUCAGAAAUGAACCCGGUGGCCUUUGCUCCACCGGUGGGUGUUCUCCCAUGGAGAUUGCAUCAGAUACUGUCUCUAGGAAUGGACUUUCCAUUUUCUUUUGCAAGAUGGGAACAGAAGACAUUUGUAUUAAUUCCCUACCCCUUUAAGUGCCUUCUCUCUCCACCCACCCUCCACACUUGUUGGAGGUCCAGUGAAAAAAUUUGGUUACUUCAAGCAGAAACAAAAUCACCACCAUCUCCUCCUCCUCCUCCUCCUUCCCAGCUCUUCCCAUGCACAAUCCACACUCUCUUGUCUAGUGCCAGUAGGUGAUUUGUGGCAUGACUGCUCUGCUCUUUUUUUCCACCCCAUCCCACCCAAAGUGAGAGACAAUUGCUUACGCUCCCAGUCCAUGGGCUGGUGGCUGUGGCUGUGGGUGUCCUCUCGAUGGCCCAGAGAAUGGGAGCUACAUCAGCAGCUUCUGAAUUCAACACAUUCCCACUCCUGCACUUUUGUGCAAACAAAGGGGGCAGUGUGGAGGGAAAGAACAGCUCAAAUAUCACUGUGGUUAGGUGUAGGUGGUCCUGAGGUCACAGGGCUUUGGAACAGAGACUACUCUGGUGGCACAUUGAGCAGGUUGUGGAAUUGCUGGGAUCAAUGAAAAGGCCUUGUUCUGGGCACUGAAUAGAAGAGCCAUUGUGUAAUCCUGGCAGUCGCUGGUGCUGAGCUUUUCAGGAGGAGGGAGGAAAUAGUUCUAGAGCUGGUAUUGCUGAGGUGGCAAUACAAAGAUGCUGAACUUAGAGGCAUUAGGGCAGGAAGGGGGCCUGGUUUGACCUGCUCACGCUUUGAUCACAGGGGCUUAGGGCAUUGGAGGCAGCAGAGUGGAAAAAAAGAAGACAAACUUCUGCUUUAAUCAUUAGCAGCAAGGCAGGAUUAAUCAUUCCCUAGUACAUUAUAGAGUAGGGCCUCAGCCAGACCAGCGUACCUGUUGAAAUGCAAUGGAGCAGUCCUUCGUAGGAAGAGAGGGCUGAUCCAGUUUCCUUGAUUGGGCAUUGCAGACUCCUCCCAGCUCAAAAAAGAGGAUUGGUGGCCAUUUUUUUUUCAGUUAAGAGGAACUUUUAAGGUGGCAGUUACUAGCUCAGUGUAAUAGGAAAACUUAAGUACUGUAUACCACAGUAAAUUCAAGAUGUCUUGUUUCUGGAGAUAGAAGGAUAGGCUGAUCCUGCAUGAAUUUAAUUCUCUUCUCAAAGCUGAUUAAAAACAAACAAAACUAAGGUCCUUAUACUGAAGAAUACAAAAUUGCAAAAGAUAGUGAUGCCUUGGAGUUUUCAGAAUCUUUGAAAGUGAGGCUCUUCUUGACAGAUACCUGUGUGAUCCUGCUUUCAAAGUUUCUUUCCCUAUUGGGUUUCUCUUCCUCAACAGGGAAAUACGUUGAAAGCCAGAAGAGCAUGUGUACUCAUGCGCACAUGCUCAAGCACUCGCCCAGUUGCCCUUGGGGGCAAAACGGCUGCUCACACCUGCUUGCAGCCUGAAAUUUCUUGACGUAAGAGGAACCUUGCCGGAUUGGGCCAAAGGCCUGCCUAGUCUGGUAUCCUAUUCUCACAGUAGCAUCUUGAGGUGCUCCUAAGCAGGGUAUGAGCACAACAGCUCUUUCCCCAGCCACUGGCAUUCGGAGGCGUAUCUUGUCAAGGUCUGUGGCAAGCAGACAUUGAGAGCCUUGUCCUCCAUGAAUUUGUUUAAAGGCCCCCAAGCUGAUGGCUCUUGUUAAAUAUUGUGGUAGGGAAGUUCCGAAGGAGUUAGGUGGGGAAGGAGAGAUGUUCAUUAUAACAGACACAUCAAAGCUUGAUCUUCCAUGUUGGACCUGGAUUGGCUUGCUUACACUCUUUGCUGACUUCUCUUUCGCAGGUCUAUGCGUGAUGUCCGGGGCCACCAUCUUCACAGCGAGACAUACAGAUUGGCAUCCCCCUGUAGACAGCAUCUCCUUUGGCUUCUCAUACAUCCUGGCCUGGGUGGCCUUCCCGCUGGCCGUCAUUAGUGGGGUGAUCUACGUCAUCCUGAGGAAGCGCGAAUGA